GUGUCGAGUUUAUUGUGGCCGAUGUUGCUGAAAUCAUGUCUUGUUUACUGGAGAAUCCUGAGAUGGAGAAGAUUAAGCAGCUGAUUCCUACUGGAAAGGCUUAUGAGCCCCAACCGGUAGGAAAGGCACUGGUUUCGGUUCAGGUGAACCGGUUCAGCUGCGGGGGAAUGGGCUUUGGGGUUUAUGUUUCACACGCCAUAGCCGAUGCUUCAGCCGUUGCCAUUUUCUUCGAAACCUGGGCAUCCAUUAACCGCGGCUGUGCUGUGAAUGGAAGUGGAUUCAUUUCCGGUCAACCUAGCAUCUUAUUCCCUCCUUUGACGGAUACUUCUGCCAUUGAACGAUCAGUGAAGAUGGCGGCAGAGGCAAUCGAGCAGGAAGAGAAAUCCAUGAUUGUUAAAAGGUUCGUCAUUCCUGCCAAUGCCAUAGCCCAACUCAGAGAAGAAUUAAUAUGUAAGGAAAACAACAAGGGUUCUGUUCAACGCCCGUCUCGCACGGAGGCGUUAACGGCGUUAGUAUGGGCGGCAGUGAUAAACGCAACUCCUCCAACUCAAACUGUGCCGUUAUCCUGCAUGGUGAACUUGCGGAGCAGGAUGGAGCCGCCGCUGCAGCCAAAAUGUCUAGGGAACUUCGCCUACGGAGCCACCGUUCACUGCGAGGCGGCGGCGAAAGACGGCACCGUCGUAACCGCUGUUCAAUUGGUGGAGAAAAUACGCGAUUCUCUCCGAGCUGUUAACGACGGAGCGGCGAGGAAGAUGUACGGCGAAGGCGGGUUGUUACGCGCGGCGUUUGCCAAAGGUCAUGAAAUGGUGCGCAACAAAGAUUCUUCAACGACAACGUUGUACACAAGCAGUCUGUGUAGACAGCCUUAUUACGAAGUUGAUUUCGGGUGGGGGAAGCCAAGACUGGUUGUGAAUUUGCUCAAGAAUUCAACGGUGCUUUUCUUAGACACCAUUGGUGGAGCGGUAGAAGUGUGGAUGGGAUUGCCUAAGGAGGUUAUGCACACUUUAAUGCAAAACCGCCACUUUCUACGUUUCUGCCUCUCCUAAACCAAAGCUAUGAUCUAUCUAUGCCUUAAUGUUCAACUUUAAUCUUUAUUUCUUUUGAAUAAUAAAUGAUUUCUUAGUCAA